UCCAAGCUUAUAUAAAUCGACAAGAGGAGGUGGCGACUCAGUAGUUCUACUAAUUUGUUUAAUAUGUGAGAAUGACAUCAUACACUGAUAAAGGGCCAAAGCCCACAAAUGGAAGAUUCCUAGCUUUCGAUCAUUUGGAAUUCUACGUUGGUAAUGCCAAACAGGCUGCCAGCUACUACAUAACCCGCCUAGGAUUCAAACCUUUAGCUUACAAAGGCUUAGAAACUGGAGAGAGAAAAUUCGCCUCACACGUGGUCAGACAGAAUAACGUAACCUUUGUGUUUACUUCGGCUUACAAAGGCAAUGAUGAGGAUUUUAAUAAUCAUUUGGUAAAGCAUGGAGAUGGAGUGAAAUAUGUCGCGUUUUCCGUGGAAAACUUGGAAGGGAUCGUCAAGAACGCAAAAGAAAAGGGUGCAGAAAUCGUUAAGGACAUUUGGGAAGAAUCUGACUUCAAUGGAAAAGUCAGAUUUGCAUCUAUCAAAACGUAUGGAGAUACAGUUCACACUUUCAUAGACAGAUCUCUUUAUACAGGACCUUUCCUACCGGGAUAUUGCAUGCUGCCCGAGGAUAAUCUGAGUCAACAAUUACCCCCGGUAAAUUUGGACUUUAUAGACCACGUAGUGGGAAACCAGCCAGAUGGCGAGAUGCAAUCUGUAGCCAAAUGGUACGAAAAUGUUUUGCAAUUCCACAGAUUUUGGUCUGUUGACGAUAGCCAAGUAUUCACCGAAUACUCUGCUUUAAGAAGCAUUGUUAUGGCAAAUUGGGAAGAAAAUGUCAAGGUGCCUAUAAACGAACCAGCUCCAGGCAAAAAGAAGAGUCAAAUACAGGAAUACGUUGAUUACUAUGGAGGUGCGGGAGUUCAGCAUAUUGCCUUGAACACUCAGGAUAUAAUUACUGAGGUGAAAAACCUGAAAUCUCGAGGUGUGGAAUUCCUAGAAGUUCCAGACACGUACUACGAUAUUCUAAGGGACAAACUAAAGUCAAGUAGAGUAAAAAUAGCUGAGGAACUACAGAUCCUGCAGGACUUAAAAAUCUUGAUCGACUACGAUGAAAACGGUUAUUUAUUGCAGAUUUUUACUAAAAAUUUGCAGGAUCGACCCACCGUUUUCUUAGAGGUUAUACAGAGAAGAAAUCACAAUGGAUUUGGUGCUGGAAAUUUCAAGUCGCUCUUUGAAUCCAUUGAACUGGAACAGGCUAAAAGAGGAAAUCUGUAAAAAACUACUUAUUUAAUGGUUUUUAAUAUAUUAUCUAUAUAUCUUACAUUAUAUUGUAGUAAAUACAUGAUUUGGUAAUCC